AUGGCAAGUAAAUACGCCGACCGUUGCUGCGGAAAAGUCGACUUCCUAAGCCGGCUCCCUACCACUCGCGGAGAUAUCUCUGAUACGUCCUCUCACCUGGAGACCGACGGCCAGCUCGUCGUGCAUAUGAUUGCGUCUAAUGUCGCGGACCCACUUAACACGUCGUCGCACACUCAUGCCCAAACUCUUGCCUUGCCGACUACCCAAUGGAAACUCCCCAGUUUUCCAUUCCACUCAUUGCUCCGGGUCGCGCAUUCCUCAGGUGCGGUGUCUGCCUCUGUGUCGAGUGACCUGCGCGGCCAGAAUGCAGAUUGCCAUUGUCCUCGGACUGUCUCGUUUGGCUCUUCAGAAGAGACGUUACCAAAGACCAGCGGCGGUGGCAGCAGCUACGAGAGCAGUCUAUCAGCAAGCCACUCGUCGCUCCGAAGUCCAGACAGGAAGCCGCCGCCGCCACGGCCGCAGAACAAGGGGAUUGCUGAUCUGCCUGCGCAGGCGGCGAUAAGCUCGCGGUUCUGCAUGCUCCAGAUCAAGGUUUCUGAGCCUUCGAGACAUAUCGCCAAGAAAUCGUCGGAGAAGGUGUGCAAGAGCCACAUCGGGCUGGCCAGAUCCAAAGUCUUGCUCGGUGCACCUAGGACAUCGAACAAGUCGAACGAAUGCCUACGUCUCGAGGCUCACAUCCUCCGCCAGGUCUUUUGCGCUUACGUUGGCAGUCAAGAGGCACGCGAGAAACGCGCGAAGGCGAUCCGCGACGCUGGGGCGCCGCUGCUGAUAUUUUUCGAUGCUAUUGGUGAGACGAGACGACGGCACUCCAGAGCUACUGCCUAUGCGCACCCAAUACCACCCAUGCCCACUCGCGAACUAUCCGACGGCCCAGGCGUGCUGAGCAUGGUCGGGGACCUCGCAAUGUCGAGCUAUCGGCUGUCGAUGUCGAUUCUUGCCGCGGUCGUCGCGGCACGGUGGUGGAACGGGCUCCUGCUCCUCGCGACGGCGGCCCACGCGAUGCGGGUAAAGACUGAGACGGGCGUCGCUCUGUCAGCCGGAGCGAAUGCAUCUGCAGUCGCCGUCAGCAGUUAG